CAAAACCAUCUGUCUCUCUCCUCUAUUGCCAGUCCGAUCUAUUCAGUCCCGCUCAAGUGAGCACAUCGCAAAGUACACUACGUCGUCUCCACACACACACAAAGCCUCCCGCGCCUCUCUGACGCAUUGAUUCCCCCAUCCUCCUGGAGUUCUUGUGUGUGAGUUCGUCUGCCGAAUAAAUAAAUCGGUGGAAAACGUGUCAUCUGACGACGACAAAAAUUGGCCUCAGCGAUUAGAUCUGUCAGACGACUGAUAACACACGUUGUUGGAGCGCGAUCGAGAGAUAAAGCUGGGCUGAUUACACGUAUACCUUUUGUGUGCGUGUGUCUGCAGUUGGUUCCAUCAGUGGCUGAGACAAUGGCCGUCCCAGGAAUGAAUCUCUUGAACCUGGAAAAUAAAACCAGACAGCAAUCGAAAAUCGCCCACGAACAAGGCGCCGGAUCGCAAUGCACCAAAUGCGGGCCAAAAUGUCCAGGGCUGGAUUUACAUUUCUGGAGGAAAGUUUGUCGUCACUGUCGUUGCGGUAAGGAGGUCCACAAUGUGGUAGAUGAGGACCCGUCGAUCCGAUUGAUCCGGUUACUGGCCGUCACUCCAUUCCAAGCUAAAAUGGACUUGAAACUCCAACAACAACAACAAGGCGGAGACUAUGGUCUCGCCAGCAGCAACCGACCGUCCAAAUUGGAUUUCAAUAGUCCCGCCAGGGGAUCGGCUGUCACUUUGGAUGCCCCGGCCAGUCCGCUGGAUUGGGUCCCACCGACCGACGACUCUCAAUUGGCCAUCAAAUACAUGGAACAACUUCCGCUGGCUAAGCAGCCCAUUACGGGCAGUCAGGCGGCCGUCGACCGCAAAAUUGCCCUCGACCGACAAUUACCGUCGCACGACCUCGAUCCGGAACAAUGUUCCAACCUAUCCGCCAACGAGAAACGAAAGAUGGAAGAGUAUGUCAAGAACGUCAAGCAACACGUAGUGGGUCAAGGUCUGAUCCAGGAAUGUCCACCGAGACCAUCGGGGAAACUGCCGCCUCCGCCGCCGCAACUCGACCGCAUCCUGGGCGAGAAAGUCAACACUUUGAGUUUGCAGGAAUCUGCCAAUGCCAAACGGCCCAUUCUUCCGGCCUUCGUCACGGCCAAGCCGUUCGCCAUCAAAGCGGAUGCUCCGUCGGCGCAACAGAUCAAGCGGAUGUCGGCCAAACCCCACGCCGGAAUGAGUUCCGAAUUCGGCGAUUUACCUCCUCCGCCGCCGGAUAUGCUGCUGAUGGAUGCGUCCUAUCCAGCUCCGGCUGCUGCUCCUGAAACUCCUCCUCCGCCGCCACCUCCGCCUCCUCAACUGGUGGUGGAUGAACUGCUGGCGGAGGAAUCCAGCCACAACAAGCGACAGGAUCCAGUGAGGGAAUUUUUCGAUUUCCUGGACGAGCAGGAAGGCAAGAAAUUGCCGGGCAAAUUGAAAUCGCCGUUUUUGCACCAGGCGGCCGCUUCCGGCACGUUCAACGCCACAGCCAAACCGUUUGGAGCGUCGCCUGGAACGUCGCCCAAUUUGAAUCAACGAAAUCCUAAUACGAAAGUUGGACUGGCAGCCCCCGUUGCGGUCGCUGGAACGGGAAGUCGCGGUUCCUCACCGAGAUUAGGAGAACGGGCGCCGCCCGUCUCGGGACCAACUGGAAGAUUAUCAAACAACAACAACAACAACGGCAGCCGUCAGUUGUUGACGACCGAUUUCGAUUACUUCCCGGAAGAGCAAGUGGCGAAAUCCCAAAACAACAACAAUCCAGUUGUUCCUACCAUCCAAAACCAAAGCAACAACAACAACAAUCAAUCGCCGUUGUCUAAUCGGCGCCCCUCCGCCCAUUCCCAUCCGUGCGGAUCCGAUAAUAACAAAUACGUGACUGCCCAAAUACCUGCAGCAGGAGGACCCAUCCAGCAGCAGCAACAGCAGGAAGUGUUUCAGGAUCCUGAAGGACUGGUAGGAGCCUGGUCCUGUCGCAAAUGUACCCAGCCGAUUGAACCCGGAACGAUUGCCAUUUUCGCCGAGAGAGCCGGAAGCGACAAGUGUUGGCAUCCGCAAUGUUUCGUCUGCUCCAUCUGCCACGAAAUGCUGGCGGAUUUGAUUUACUUUUUCGUCGACGACGACGUCUUCUGUGGCCGUCACUACGCCGAGCAGAUGAAGAUCCCGCGGUGCAAGGCCUGCGACGAGUUGAUUUUCGCCCCGGAAUACACCAGCGCCGAAGGGGCCAGCUGGCACAUGGAUCACUUUUGCUGCUGGAUCUGCGACACGCCCUUGGCCGGACACCAGUACACGCCGAUCGAGGGCCAGCCGCACUGUCUCGACUGCUACCAAAAGAAAUACGGAAAGGAUUGUUACGAGUGCCACAGGCCGAUCCGUGCGGAAGAAACGCGAGUCAGUCACGGCGAAAUGAACUGGCACAACACGGCCAGCUGCUUCAAAUGUCGCCAAUGUCAAGUGUCGAUGAUGAAUCGCCAAUUCAUUUUGAAGAACGGGCAGAUUUACUGUUCCAGGGAAUGCGUCGUCCAGAACGCGCAAUGUCAGGCCCAGCCGAUCCUAGUCUGAACAAAAAGAAAAGAAAUUCCUAUUAAAAAAACAUUUCAAAUUCAAUUUUACGAGUAAUUAAUAAUCUCUGAAAAAUUGUUUCGGUUCAUUCCAAUGUGCACAAAAAACUUAUUCCUCCGCUUAAUGGACUGGUUACAUCAAAGAAUAUACACGGAAUUGGAUUUA